UUACGGAAGUAAACCAGGCGACGAAACACAGACAGAAACCCAAAUAAGUUGGUGUGCACGCUCGACUCACGCGCACAGACACUCCACAAUGAUGCUGGGAGGAGGGUUCAAACCCGAGAGGCUCAGGGUCAAUCUCCGGCUUGUCAUCAACCGACUCAAGCUGCUUGAGAAAAAGAAAACCGAGCUUGCUCAGAAGGCCAGGAAGGAGAUUGCCGAUUACCUGUCAUCAGGAAAAGAUGAGCGGGCACGAAUCCGUGUGGAGCACAUUAUCAGAGAGGACUAUCUGGUGGAAGCCAUGGAGAUCCUGGAGCUGUACUGCGACCUGCUGCUGGCUCGCUUUGGCCUCAUUCAGUCUAUGAAGGAGCUGGAUCCAGGCUUACAGGAGGCGGUGUCCACCCUCAUCUGGGCAGCACCUCGUCUUCAGUCGGAGGUGUCUGAACUAAAAAUUGUGUCUGAACAGCUAUGUGCAAAAUACAGCAAGGAGUACGGCAAGCUGUGCAGGACAAACCAGAUCGGCACAGUCAACGAUAGGCUGAUGCACAAGCUGAGUGUGGAGGCACCUCCCAAGAUCUUGGUGGAGCGCUACCUGAUAGAAAUCGCCAAGAACUAUAAUGUCCCAUAUGAGCCUGAUGCCAUGGUCAGGCCUGAGGUGUGUCAAGGAGAGGAGGCAGACCUGAUUGAUGUGGACAAUGACAGGAAGUCUGGAGGAGGAGGUGGCGGAGGCUUCACUGCUCCUCCUGCUGCUGCUAUGCCCAUGCCCAUGCCCAUGCCCAUGCCCAUGCCUAUGCCAGCAUUUAACUAUCCACCACCCAAAGGAGCUGAACCGUAUAAUGCUCCCAUUGGAACCUACAACAACUUCCAGCACCCCAUGGGAGGAGGGCAGCCCCCUCAGCUGCCCACUUCUCCCCCCACGUAUGAGUCCAUUGAUGACCUAUCUGACAAACCUUCUGUUCCUUCUCAGGCCGUAGGUCCGGGCCCUUCGUCUCACCUGUUUGACAGCAACGCUCUCCCAGAACUCCCCUCUGUUCCCGACACUCUCCCCACAUCCUCCUUCGGCGGAAACACCACCACCUCGGACGACAUCGACUUUGAUGACUUAACGCGGCGGUUCGAGGAGCUGAAGAAGAAGACCUAAUGCAGCCGGUCCAUACACCCACGUGCACACACAGACCUGUGUCGUCACCUACACAGCUCAGAACAGGAAAUGGGAAACGUUGAAGGCUCUGAAUCAGAUUUGGGUAGAUCUCCUCCCCCUUACACGCUGAAGUAAUUUGACAGAUAUUGAACAUGUCUAUACAUUUGAGCAGCUUAUUGAGGGUGUGGAUGCUCACUGACAUCGUUUCUGUUGACCAGUGAGUGCCACGUGUUUUAAUUUAUUUCUUUAUGGGACAUUCUCUAAAUUCUUACGUUUAAGGCCACAGCCACUUCUAACUUUUCCCAUUUGUCUGUGUGGUAAACCGUCAUCAGAUUUAGAUUUUAAUCAGUGCUUUCCCGGGGGUUUUGGGUCUGACUCAUAUUUACAGGACAUGCCUUGAUUCUACUUUGCACAUGCUCCCGUCGCUGUGAUCUUUACCACUGUGUCACUCAGUCCUGUCUCAGACCGGUUAGACGAGCCCGACCGGCCGCUCCACUUCGGUGGGGAAUGGAAGUCACAGCUUUACCACCCAGCAGUGUUUUCAGGACGGUAUGGGGACGUGUAGAAGCCAUAUCCUCAUUGUGCACUGUGGACAUUUCUACAACACGCAUUUAUAUCACAGAAAAGCUCGUGGUGACGCAAAGCUGUCGUGUUUGUCUGUUGCAGGGCUGAUGGGACACAGAUGUAAAGUGACAAAGUGUAUGGAUAUCUGUAAUAUAAUACAUUUACAGUUCUAUAGAUAGACUUAUUUACACGGAUGAUUUAACUGUACAGCAGAAGGAGUUUGGUAGCAGGGAGUUGUUCAAUAGUUGACAAAUCUGUUUUAUACACAGUAUCUCCAAAUAAAGUUUUUUCCCCUUUUGAAUGUCAGUUUUACCAAAUACCUGCACUUUUUUAUGACUGAAGUACUUAAAUUACGAGCAAAUCCUCUUAGACUAAAGCAGUACCAGCCUGGUUUGAAUAUAUGUCCAUGAGGUCCUAGUUCUGUGUUGUCUCUGUGAUUGUAUGCAUGGUCUUCUACUGUAUGUGCAUCACUGCAUCUGCCUUAGCUACCAUCUCUCAUCAGAGGCCUUGCCGGUCUGUACCAGGACUGAGCAUUUGUUAUCCAUCAGGACUGGACACUUGUUGAGUCUCAGUUGAUCAGAAUACACUUUGUACUGAAAUGCUUUACCCAGAACUAAUCUCCUCAAAAAAGUGUUGAGUUUAAAAUUGCAUAUUAGAUGGGAGAAAAAACCGUGUGUCCUGGCGCCUGACAUGGAGGUUUCCCUGGAGAAGGGAGCCAGAGUGUUUGGUGGCGCUGCAGCCUGACCACACCCAGCUCUGCUCGCAUGGCAAACGGACGGAGGCCUUGAGUACAAGCUCCUGUUGAAAAGCCUUCCAGCUGGGUGAAGGACACGGUUCUCCACAGGUUGUACGUGUGUGGGAGGAAGUAGAGGCGGCUGAUUAACACUACUGAACUGUGAUCUGCUCACUGUCUUUUCUACGCUGGACUCUUCUUUCAUGCUAAACCUGAAGACACAUCAUGGUGUCUUGUUGCAAAAAAACAAGUUUUCUUUCCCAAUGUAUACUGAAAUAACAAUUUAAUAAAACACUAUUUGGAACUGGGACAGUC